AUGGCUGCGCUGGCAUUCUCGUCGAUCGGUCUUUCCGGUGUCAGUUCGCGCCGGCUCGCCGUGCACAGCGCGGGCAAGGCUCCGCCACGCCGCGCGGCCGUGGCCCGGCUGCAGGCCACUGAGGUCGCGGCGAAGGGUGAGGUGCUGUGGGAGCCCGACGCGGAUGCUGUCGAGCAGACGGCGAUGCGCAAGUUCCAGCGGUCCGUCGGCGUGGAGGGCGGAUACGGCGAGCUGUGGAAGUGGUCGGUGGAGGAGUCCGACACCUUUUGGACAUCGCUACUGGACUUCCUUGAGAUUGAGUACGAGGGCUCCACCACGCCUGCACGGGACGGCGACGUCAUGCCGGACGUCACCUACUUUCCCAAUGUGCGGCUCAAUUUCGCAGAGAACAUGCUGCGGCACGGGGCGCCGGGGUCCCCGCUCGCGAACGAGGAGGCGCUCGUGUCCAUCUCCGAGGCCCGCGACGACCGCCGCUGGACCUUCGCAGAGCUGCGCGCGGAUGCAGCCCGCGUGGCCGCCUCGCUCGCCGCACUCGGUGUGGGAAGCGCAGACGCGUGCGGAGGCUACCUUCCCAAUAUUGGUGAGACGGUGCUGGCGAUGCUUGGCACGGCCAGCCGGGGCGCCACCUGGACCUCGUGCUCCCCCGACUUCGGGCCUGCGGCGGUUGCGGACCGCUUCCGGCAGGUAGGCCCAAAGGUGCUCUUCUUGGCAGACGGCUACAUGUCGGCCGGCAAGUGGACGUCGGUGGUCGACAAGGCAGAGGAGCUGAUCGAGGCGCUGCCGACGCUCGAGCGGGUCGUCCUCGUCUCGCUCGGCGACGAGCCUCCCGCUUGGCGCAGCGAGCGAACCAAGCGGCUCGUCGUCGGGUGGGAGCAGUUCCUCGCUCAAGGCGACGCCGCGGAGCAGGCCGAGCCGCCGUUUGAGCGGAUGAGCGCGACCAUCGAGAAGAACUUGGUGAACCACACCAUCGCGGCGUUGGACGCCUCGGACCAGUCGAGUUCGGGGUACACGACGUACGGAGUUGCCCCUUCCUCCUUCCCCGUCUCCUCCUGGUAG